AUGACGCGCACCGUCAAAACAUUUUGGAUUUGGUGCGCGAUGUUUGGGGAGAAGGCGCUGGAACUUGUGCGGGAGCUGAAGAGGUCUCAAGACGGAAACCUGCCCCCCUACAACGAUGACGGCAUCAGGCAGGUGGUGGAGGAGAUGCGCACCCUCUUCGAGCAGAACCAGUUGGAGGUCCGCGCCACCACUGACGGGGAGAGGGGACUCCUUUCAGGUAUCCAGUUGAGGCACGCCUGUCUGGAGAGGAACCAGCGAUGCCUCCUGGCCUACGUCCACCACCGCAUGACUCGUAUCAGGGACUACCGGUGGCAGACGGGCAGCGUUCUCCCUCCCUCCUUCAGACUCAGUCUGUGCGAGCAGGAGAUACAGUGGUUCACGCGCUACAACCGCUCACUGGCGACGUACAUGCGGUCCAUCGCCCCCACCGGUCUGGACCUCACGCAGCACCUCCAGCCUCCGAAGAGCCUGUUGGUGGAGGUCCGGUGUCUGGAGGACUACGGGGAGUUUGAGAUGGAGGACGGGACGGUGGUCCUGCUGCACAAGAACACUCAGCACUACCUCCCAAGGUCUCAGUGUGAGCCUCUCAUCAGACAAGGAGUACUGGAACAUAUCCACUGAUGUAGACCGACUGCUUCACUUGCUCAUAUAUAUUUCACUUGCUCAUACUCUUAUUCAAUGGGAAAUUUUUUAUGUGAAGCGUACAAUAUUAUUGUGAAUUGUAAAACGGAAGAUGUUUAUGAUUCAAAGCCAGGGUCCUUUGCGUGUGAAGUAUCAGAAUCCCCUCUAUUCUCUUCACCACCACCUCCAGCAGUUUCACGUCUUUCCUUUCUUUCCUCAUCACUCUUCAGUUUUUCCUUUUCUUCCUCCUCACCCCCACCAGGACCAUUCUCUGCUGACUUGACCUCCUUGUCUCCUUGUUCCUCUACUUCCAUUUUAACUCCACCGCCCUCACCAACCUCCCCGCCCUCACCAAUCUCCCCAGUCUGGGGUGGGGCGUUAGCUGAGGGGCUGGGUUCUACUGAUAUCAACGGGGAAUUAAUCGGUACUCCUGAUCCAGUAGGAUUAGACGAGGUACUGUCAGACUCUGUUCGUGUAGAUUUCCCUCCGGAACCACCCUCUAAGGUGUUCAAUAGUUAGAAAAAAGAUGCAUAGAACCAAGUCGGCUUUAAUGGUCUGUUGUCCUCUCUAGCUGCAGCAGGCACUGUGGAACACACUCAGUGAACAAUCUGAGAAUAGGUACAGUGCACGGUAAUAAUCUUAUAUACCACGUUCCUGAGAAUCCUGAAUGACUGAAGGCUCAAUGGGGUAGACAUGGUGGAGAUAUCGGCAGUAGAGUUUGUAGUCGACUUCUAGGAAAACACAGAAUAUGAUUCUGUCCACCU